AUGGGGGAGAAGAGGGUGGAGCCGCAGGACUUCCUGAAGAACUUCCGGGAGUACCUGAGCCAGCAGACCCGCCAGGUGAACGAGCUGGCGUGGGACCUGGCAGAGCAAGCCCGUGAACCCGGCCUCCCCGGCCUCCCCGGCGAUGGCGAUGCCCUGGAUGGGAGCCCGGUGCUGAUGCUGGACGACUUGGGGAGGACCUUGGACGGGAAGCUGCAGUGCCCGUACUGCAGCUAUGCCAGCGAGAGAGUUGAGCGGCUGCUGGAGCACACUAGAAUCCACACGGGCGAGAAGCCACACCAGUGUCACUUCUGCCCCUUCGCCUCGGCUUACGAGCGCUACCUCGAGGCUCACAUGCGGUCCCACACCGGAGAGAAGCCAUACAAAUGCGAGCUGUGCGCCUACCGCUGCAAUUACAGAAGCAACCUGUCCCACCAUCAAAGGCGCAGGCAUAAUUUGUUACCGCUCACCGGGCCCCGGGCCUCCUUAAGCAGUGUGAAAAUGUGGGGGGACUUGCAGAAUAAAAGCAGCGUAGCGGGUGGCAAACGAAGGAUGCUCAUUGAUCUAGGUCCAUCUUCUGGGGUCGUUCAGAAACCAGACUACCCGAGCGAUUUUCCCCACAAGAUCCUAGAUGUUCAGAAUGACUUCUUUGACAGUAUGGAUAAACCUUCACUCUGUGGACUGCUGAGGGACCCCGAGGAGCUCUUGCUAGUGGACAAUUCCUUGAAUCAGAUGUCUGCUCUAGCAGGACACUUGUCUAGCUUGUCACCUGAAAACCAUAACCGCGUCUCAGCUGAUGUAGACUCCAGCCUCGAUGAAAAUCCUUUCAUGAUGCAACAACCCUCUGCCCAAGGGAGUGCCCCUCAGAGCUCCCCCACGGUCUUCGAGCCUCAUCCACCGUCAUUUAGUCACAGAGACUGCAGUCCGUUUGCAGGGCCCAGAGGCCAGCCGAGUGGCCACACCACCGGCACCUCCAUCCUCGGAAACAGCCAGCCGAGCACUCCGGCCCUAACCUUGCCAGCGGAGGACCCUCAGCUGCUUUCCCACUGCCAGCACUGUGACACAUACUUUGCAGACAACGUCCUUUACACUAUCCAUAUGGGAUGCCAUGGGUACGACAGUCCUUUUCGCUGUAACGUCUGUGGAUACAAUUGUAAAAACAAGUACGAUUUUGCCUGUCAUUUUGUAAGAGGCCAGCAUAACUAG